CUCAACUCAUGUCCAUAUUCUCUGGUGUUGCAUGUAGAAUCUGUUGCUCCGAUAUAUAGCCUUUUAAAGGUUGAAACACGUGGGCAAAUUAACAAUUGUGCAACUAACCUGUGUUAAUCUAAUAAUGGAAUCUCUGCAAGCAAUUGCUGAGUAUUUAAAUUGUAAUACUCGAUUGGACUUGAAAGCUGUUGCAUUGAAUUAUGUACUUGGUAUGACAGCUACUAGUGAUGGUCGAGAGAGCUUGUUGGGACUAGCAGAAAUAUUGAAGCAGCUUGUUAUUCUCACACAAGAUCCGUCGAUUCCUGUUAGCAAGGAUGCUAUGUCAGCAUUAGUCAAUAUUACUGGGGACGAAUCAGGAACUAAUGCAUUGUUGAUUAUUUCAGAGUCAAGCAAUUCUACAAAUAUACAAGAAUAUAGUUCCAAUUUAAUAGAAAUUUGUAUAAAAGCCAUAAUGGAUAAGACCAGUGUUUUGGCAGAUCCAUGUUGUAUGAUACUUUCCAAUAUGACUAGGCCUUUUCAUUUGGUUGACAGAGUGAUAACAUUGAUUGAACAAUGCGGUUAUACCUGGGAUGAAAUAGUGGCUGCAUUUACUGCAAAGCAAUAUAAUAAUGCAGGUGCUAAAAUGCAUUAUCUUGGGCCAGUUUUCAGCAAUCUCAGUCAGUCGCCACAUGUAAGAAGGUACUUGAUGGAUCGAGACCAUUGUGUUAUUCAACGGCUAUUUCCAUUUACAGAGCAUCCUGAUACAAUAAGACGCGGCGGUAUCGUUGGUACUUUAAAAAAUUGUACGUUCGGCACAGAAAAUCAUGAAUGGCUGUUAAGUCCAGAAGUUGAUUUAUUAUCGUAUCUGUUGCUGCCACUUGCUGGUCCAGAAGAGUUUGAUGAUGAAGAUAACGACAAACUACCAUAUAAUUUGCAAUAUCUGCCUGAAACGAAGACUCGAGAGCCUGAUCCAGAUAUAAGACUUAUGCUUUUGGAAGCGUUGAAUCAACUCUGUGCAACAAAAGCAGCUAGGGAGAUAUUAAGAGGAAAAAAUACAUACAUCAUACUUCGGGAAUUUCAUAAAUGGGAGAAGGACACAAAUGUCUUAUUGGCGUGUGAAAACGUCGUAGACAUUUUGAUCAAAACCGAGGAAGAGAUCGGCUUGGAUAAUUUGAAGGAAGUGGAAGUACCCUCCGAGUAUACGAAGAAAUUUCAUAAGAUGGAUAAAGACUUUAUUAAUAAGACGGUGUAAAAUUUUACAUAAUAUAUAUAUAUAAUGUUCUGUAAAUAUUGUAUACAAUAUACAUAAUACUUACUCAAUGCAAACCUACCGUAAAAAUGGU